UUAUCAGUUAUACAUUUAUUUUGCAUGGAAACUCUCAUUAUUGUACUCAUUCUACUAUUUUGAGCACAAUUCUGCUAGUUCUCUGUUAGAUUGUGGUGAUCAGGGCUCAUCGAUAUCUGGGGUGAAGUGCACUCAUAGAAAACUGGCGUCCACUGCAAAGCGGAACAAAAUGACAAUCGGCAGGCCCUGGACCUACUCGUUCUAUUUACAUUCUUUGCUGUCCUGGACCUUUUCGUUGUAUUUACAUUCUCUGAUAUGUAUGUAGAUAAACUGAGAAGUACAAGCAUUGUGAACAAUCUCUGGGAUCAAUAUAUUAGGUCUCAGAUGAACACACCCAACGAAAAUUUGACAGAUGGUGUCAGACGGCUGCCGACAUAUGUAAUUUAUAAGCUGAUUGCAUACAAUUUUGUGUCGAUGCUAAUAAAGAAAACGAAUAAAACAAAAACAUCUGUGCGAAGUUAAAUCGAUUCGGUGAGAAAAAUUGUUUUAACACUAAAGAAAAUAUUUUAAAAACGUUGAUGAACAAUAUCAGGAAUGAAUGUGGAACUGGCUUCUCCUGAAAUGAUGGUGUGCCAAACACUGCGCGCCGCAACGGAUCCAAAUCAUGAAGUUGUUCUUAAAGCUGAAGCUCAGUUAGCAGAGUGGGAAGUACAGCCAGGUUUCUUUCCAACUCUGGCACGUUUCUCAGUCCAUAAUAAUAGCGAUAUUGAGCAGCAGCCUUUAGAAAUUGAUUUGAAUGUGCGGUGGAUGGCUGCUGUUUACUUAAAAAAUGGAAUAAAUAAAUAUUGGAGACGUAACGUGAGACACGAACUUCCCUAUGAAGAGAAACAGCAAAUUCGAGAGAUAUUGUUAAAAAACUUCAGUUCAGAGCCAGUACCGCAAGUAGCAAUGCAAAUUGCAGUUCUUGUAGCUCGAAUAGCACGAAUUGAUUGUCCUCGCGACUGGCCAGAAUUAAUACCCCAAUUGGUUGAAAAGUUACAAAUAUGUGCACAAAGUGAUGGCGAUGCUGGUGAGCAGCAAAGAGUUCUACUUGUGUUACAUCAUGUUGUAAAGGCAUUAGCAUCGCGUCGCAUGAUGGCUGAAAAACGUGUUUUUGAGGAACUUACUGGCAAUUUAUUCGUGUAUAUGCAGGAAUUGUGGGACGCUUUUACUACGCUAUUUUUUCACCAAUUGAAAUCGGCUUCCCUGAAUGCGAUAUCCACAUUAGAGCGUGCGCUGCUUUCAAUGCGUAUACUACGUAAACUGACAGUUUAUGGGUUUCCGAAACCUUUUAAAGUAGCAUGCUGUAUGCGCUUCCUAGAACAACUGUUUGCUCGUCUUAAGCAGUGUUUGGAAUGUCGAUAUGAAUUAAAACAUCUCGGAGCAGAAGAGCAGUUAAUAGGGCUCGUUGAAAAGUUCAUUCUGAAGCAGAUGAAGACAUUAACAGAAUUUCAAGACAUGCACUCCAGUUCAUUUGCACGCUUUGUUCCUGUUGCAUUGGAAUUUAGUUUUGAGCACGUCUUCCAUGAACGCGCUCGCCUUAUUUUCAAUGAGAACGUCAUAAAUUUUACAAACUUUGCUAUACAUUGCAUUAAUCUUAUGAAAGGAAUAAUGAUGUGCAGUGCUUAUGCAAGUGCAGCAACAACUGGCGAUCUUCUUGUGGCGGAACCUGAUCCUGCCCCACAUAUAGCUUUGUCAGACUUUUUCACUAAUGAACGUCUUUGUUAUAUAUGUGAAAAAAUUAUAACUCACUACUUUUUACUAACACAAAUCGAACUAGAUCAAUGGAUUGAAGAUCCCGAAGGUUUCGCACAAGAUGAUGGUGGAGAAAGCUGGAAAUAUGCGCUGCGUCCCUGUAUUGAGUCAUUUUUCCUAACAUGUUUCAGCCAAUACCAAUCACAAAUGACUACUGAGGUUGUCAAGUAUAUCCGAAAAGCUCAGCAAAUAGAAUUAACGUCUACAUCUGAUCUUAAGGAUAUACUUUUAAAAGAUGCCAUAUAUAAUGCCGCUGGAUUGGCAUCAUUUCAUUUUUUUAAUGACAUAGAUUUCGACUCUUGGUUUAGUACUCAACUAUUAUCAGAGCUACGCAUCGAAAGUGACAGUUUUCGAAUUCUUCGGCGCCGUAUUAUUUGGUUGGUAGCCGAAUGGGCGGCUGUUAAAUUUUCUCGAAAUUUACGUCCUCUGGCAUAUGAAGCAUGUUUACAUUUACUGCGUUCUACUGAAGAUAUGUCGAUUCGUUUGGCAGCAUCGCGUACCUUGUCGACAUUAGUUGGAGAUUUCGAGUUUGCUCCUGAGCCUUUCCUACCAUAUUUGGAACCGGCCUUUAACGCACUCUUUGUUCUUCUGGGGGAGGCUAGAGAAUGCGAUACAAAAAUGAAUGUGCUUACUAUAAUGUCUUGUCUUGUGGAGAAGAUGAGCGAUAAUAUUGAACCACAGGCUGAUAAUCUAAUAUCAUACUUACCACUCUUAUGGAAGGAAAGCGAGGAUUAUAAUAUGCUACGAUGUGCUAUUAUAUGCACAUUACAACAAUUAGCAAAGGCGCUGCGUGAUAUUCCAGAAUCUAUGAAACCAUUCCUCUACAAUGUUAUACAGCUGAGUACUGAUCUUCAGGAGCUCUCACAUAUUUACCUAAUAGAAGAAGGACUGGCGCUCUGGGUAGCCGUGGUAGAGAAUUCAACCGUUAUGUCACCAGAACUCCUAGCUCUAUGCAAAAACCUUUUGCCCAUCAUAGAAAUGUCCUCGGAGAAUCUACGCAUUGUUCUCAUUCUCAUACAAGCAUACAUCCUCUUAGACGCACAUACCUUCCUUGAACGAUACGGAAAGGAUUUUGUACAAUUCUGUACGCGUAUGUUUGAUGAUUUGCGACCAGAAGGCAUUGCACUAAUGCUCAAAGUGUUCGAGACUUGCUUAAAGUCAGAUGCAAAUUACGGGUUAGAAUUAGUACGACCCGCCUUGCCUUACAUUUUUAAGCAAGUGUACCUGGACAAAGAGUUUCCUAUGUUAAUGUCAAUGUACUUGAUGAUGGUUGCACGAGUAUUGCUUAUUAGCCAAUCUGUAUUUACCACUGUAUUGCAGGAUUUACAGUUGCCCAAUGCAUUAGAGACAAUACUGGACGUGUGGAUACGGAAGAUGCCAUUAGUAACCGAAGUUGAAAAACGAAAACUUUUCGCCCUUGCCUUUGCGUCGAUAUUCACCAAUAAUUCUAUAUUAAUAGAGCGUUUUCCAGGAAUAAUGCAAAAUAUUGGUGACACCCUUAUGGAUGUGAUGAGGGAGGAAGACGACGAUGCGGAUACAAUUCAUAGUUCUGAAAGCGUUGCAAAUGUGCCGCCCCGUCCAGCUGGCGAGAAACCAAUGAAAUUUUGCGAUUCUCUGGUUUUUCUCGAUGAACACGACUUAGAUACAAGCAGUUAUUGUAUAAUGGAUGACUUUGACUAUAAGACUUAUCAUUACGAUCGUUGUAGACAAUUGUCUCUGAAAGAUCCAGUACAUAAGAUUGUUCUUGCUGAAUAUUUGGAAUGGCAACUAAAUGCAUUGCGCACUCAAAUGGGUGAAGAAGCCUAUCAACAGCUAAUGCAGUCUGUAUACCCCGGUGUAUUGGAGAAGAUCGGACAGUUCGUUAAACUGAAUUUAAAUUUUCAACCAAACUAAAUAAAGUAGUUGGAGAAACAUGAGUUUUAUGCAAUAAUACAUUUAGAUACAUACAAUAUAUACAUAUGUACUUGCAUGCAUAUGAAUAGCCUUUAACCCAAAGCGUAACGAAGCGAGUCACUAAUUUUCUACUUCAAUUAUAAAAAGUAGCAGUACAAGCCAUUUGGUUUCUGCUGUCCUAAUAUAUGUAUCUUUAAUGUAAACUUAAAUAAUUUUACUUGAAUCUACUAUUUGGUUACUUUUACAAUAUAGUAUCUUUGUAGUCCGGAAAAAAGGAUAUAAACAGAACGACAAUGCGAUAUAAUUUAAUUAAUUUUGUUAAUCGGAGAAAGGAGUGAAAUAAAAUUUAAAUUAAAUAUCAAA